UGAGAUGACACUUAAUGUCCUUGCAACUCAAACCAACGUUACAAAAAACUUAACCCAUUUAUUACUCGCCAGAUGUAAACAUAUUUCUUCUGAGGCUAUCGCUUCUUUGAUAAUUCAAUGUGAAAAUUUGAGAGUUCUCAACCUUUACGAUAUUGCCACCGCUAUUAGCGAAUAUGAUCUUAUUACCAUUUUAAGAUCUCAAACCGCCAAAAGAUUUCAAUCUUUGGAUCUUGGUUCGUCUUACGUCACAUCACGUGUUUUACAUGCCAUACAGGAAAAUUGCACCUCAGCUUUACAACACCUUGGAAUCGCAUUAGCUCAAAUUCCGUUAACCAUUCAAUUAAAUGAAUUUCUAAUGUCGAUGCCAAGCAUUCAGUACAUUGAUCUUACCGGUGUGAAGUGCUUGACACCAAUAAGCAUUAGAGGCCUUUUAGAUAAUUUACAAAAGAAUCAUUCACUUCAUACCGUUGAAAUGAGCGAAUCUUUACUCAAAAACCUUUGUGUCAUCAAAGGAUGGAAGAUCAAUGACAACUUUAGUAGAAG